CACUUACCUUCUUGGAUGUCAGAUCAGCCCCCAGGGCCUGAGAGGACCACCGCCCCUCACAGAUGGAAGCUGACACAGAGAGGCCUGGCCGCCUGCCCCAGCCCACGCAGCUGCCGGGUCCAGGGUUACCGAGCCACAGCCGGGCCCUACCGGCGGCGGGAGGAGCCUUGGCUGCCCCGGCCGCUAGUGGCUGUGCUCCCUGCACACGAGGGGCGCUUCGGUGUGGAGGUCGGUGCACACGAUGCACGCGGUGCGAGAAGCGGGAAGGCCGCGGGCUCAGGGUCAGGACCGGAGGACGCUAGCCCGGGGCCACCCCGCUGGGGCAGGAACCGGCCCAUCAAUGUGAACCAUUACGCCAACAAGAAGAGCGCGGCCGAGAGCAUGCUGGACAUCGCGCUGCUGAUGGCCAACGCCUCCCAGCUGAAGGCCGUCAUAGAGCAGGGCCCAAGCUUCACCUUCUUCGUGCCCCUGGUGGUCCUCAUCACCAUCUCCCUUGCACUGCAGAUUGGUGUGGGCGUGCUGCUCAUCUUCCUUGUCAGGUACGACCUCAACAAUCCCGCCAAGCACGCCAAGCUGGACUUCCUUAACAAUCUGGCCACCGGCCUGAUUUUCAUCAUCGUCGUGGUCAACAUCUUCAUCACUGCCUUUGGUGUCCAGAAGCCGGUGAUGGACGUGGCCCCCCGGCAGUAGGGGCUCAGAUGCCCCCAGAUGGAACCCGGCCACAGCCACCCAGAUCCUGGAGCCGCCUCGCCCUGAGGCCCACCCCCCUGUGGGAGUUGGUCCUGGAAACUGCAGGAACCCAGGCGGGCCCCGCCGGGCCGUAUCCCAGGACAGGCUGCCCGUGGUGAGGCCACCCAGGCCAACACGGAGCCUGCUCCCCUUGAGAUUGGCUCAGGACACACAACUGGGGCAGGGUCGUGGCCACCACGGACACACAGCAGCCCAAGGAUGGUGAGGCGCCCAGUCGGCCUUGGUCUCAGGAUGUUUCCAGAGGGACAAGGAGACCCCCCACCCUCUGCCAGUGCAAGGACCGUCUGGGCCUCGGGGCCCCACCCUGGUGCCCCAGGACACAGGCCUGCCAGCCCCCUGGCCACGGGCCCUGAACACACCUGCCACCAGCAGUGAGGGGGCAGCGCCCCCACCCUCCUCAGGGGCCCGAGCCCCCGCAUAUCUAAGCCACCAACAACCAAUAAAGCUGACGCACCUCCUGCCUCGGGCCUGGGUGGUCAAUGGGU